AUGGGAAAAUCAAUCCUCCUCAUUAAUGGCCCCAACCUUAACCUCCUGGGUACUCGUGAGCCUCAUAUCUACGGCUCAACCACUCUCGCAGAUGUCGAAGCCUCAAGCAAAGCCCACGCUACUUCAUUAGGAGCUACUCUUGAAACAUUCCAAUCCAAUCACGAAGGCGCAAUCGUUGAUCGCAUCCAAGCUGCUCGGGGUAAUGUUGAUGGAAUCGUUAUCAACCCUGGCGCCUACACGCAUACCUCAGUGGCUAUCCGGGACGCCUUGGUGGGGGUGGAUAUUCCUUUCAUCGAGCUACAUGUGAGUAACGUCCAUGCAAGGGAGCCAUGGAGACACCACAGCUACUUUAGCGAUAAAGCCGCCGGAAUAAUUGUUGGGUUGGGAGUAUAUGGCUAUAAGGUUGCGGUGGAACAUGUGGCUGUGAAUUUCAAGUCGAGGGAGGACAAGGCUGUACUUUAA